AGAUGUUGGCGGAUCCUACUAAAAAAGAAGGUUUUCUUAUUGAUUUUAUCAACCUAUAAACUCAAUGUAUUUUGAACUUUUACUCAUGUAUUUUGAGCUGUUAACAUGGCUCUUCUAUUUUCAGAUCAAAGAUGUCUUUCUUCCCACACCUGAGGUGGCUGCCACUUGCUGGGAAUCUGUAAAGGAGUUUUUGCGGCUGGAGGGUGAUGUGAUUACAACUCGUCUCUGGAGGGUCCAAGAAUUAUACGUACCAGACAGCAAACUUGUUGCAAACAAGGAAAACUUGUUGCGAAGUUCGUGGAUUUUCAUUAAACUUCAGGAAUUUUCAGUUGCUGAAUUUGGAAACUAUCUGAAGUCUGGUCUGCAGUCUGGACCAAAAUGAAAAUAUUCCUCUUAACAAUCCCUGCAAAAUCAGCCGGGAAGCCAAAAGGAGAAAGGUAGUGAAUAAACCUGAGACGAAAAUGUACAAAAUUGUGCUCAAUAAAAGGGUGAUCCAGAAAGACUUCAUUACCCUAUGGCUAUUAAAAAGGACUUUGAAAAAUGUAUGGAUAAAAUGUAUGGUAUGGACAAAAAAAUGAUUAUAUGUAAAAUAUACAUUAUGAUGCAUGAUGAUGAUACAUCGAGCAUUUGUGUG